AUGCAAGAACUCGACAUCCUAAUCCUCGGCGCCGGCUGGACCUCAACCUUCCUAAUCCCUCUCCUCAAAUCCCGCAACCUCACCUUCGCAGCCACAACCCGCGACGGCCGAAAAGUCAACGGCGUCGACACCAUAAAAUGGACCUUCAACCCGGACGAAGAAACCACCUCCACCGAAAAAAGCCAAUUCGCCAAACUCCCUCUCGCCAGGCACGUCCUCAUAACCUUCCCACUCACCGGCACCGGCCAAUCCAAAACCCUCGCCCACGGCUACGAGAAAGCCCAGAACAAGAGCCACAUUCGCUUCAUCCAGCUCGGCUCUACUGGGAUUUGGCAAAUUCCCCAGUCGUCCAUCUGGGUGAAUCGCAAAUCGCCCUACGACACUUCGAAUAAACGCGCCAUUGCCGAAGACGAGUUGAAGGGCCUAGGAGGUUGCGUGUUGAAUUUGGCAGGGCUAUGGGGCGGGGAGCGAGAUGCGAGGAAUUGGGUUGAUAGAGUUGCGAAGACGAAGGAGGAUGUGAGGAAUAAGAAGAGUGUACAUCUGAUUCAUGGUGUGGAUGUUGCGAGGGCGGUUGUGGCUAUUAUGGGCGAUUGGCAUUCUUCGCGGGGGCAACGGUUUAUGUUGACGGAUGGGUUCGUGUAUGAUUGGUGGUCGUUGUUCGCGGGUUGGGCGGAGGGUGCUGAUGAGGAUGAGGAUCCGUCGAGGGAGCCGAGUCAGCAGGCGAGGUGGGUGUAUGAGCUUAUGUCGGAGGAUAAUGUACUGGCCCUACCCAGGAGUAUGGAAAUGCUGGGUAGGUGUUAUGAUAGUAGGGAGUUCUGGUCGACGUUCAAGCUUGCUCCGCUCAAGGCUAGGAUAUGA